AGUGUUUUUUUUCUUUUUUAUGUGUGACAACUGUAGACGUGCGUUCUGAGAGUUGGACUCAAAUGUUGCAAAGGUUGCCGGGUAAAAGCAAAGAAAAAGAUGCUAAGAGUCGCUGGGGUGAAUGCAGUUGAGUAUAACGUUGAACAAGGGCUCUUAACAGUCUCAGGUGACGUCAACCCGACAACAUUGCUUGACAAGCUUACCAAAUGGGGCAAAACGGCAGAGCUUGUCUCUGUUCUUGGAGACAACACUUCCCAUGUUCUUAGAACCCCGGAACAAAACCAAAACAAUACAAUGGAGAAGAAGGAGAAGAGACCAACAAAGUGUUGUCUUCUUAUGUGCUUUGGGAAAAGAAGUUGUAAAUCAAAGGUGGAGCCUUUUGCGCCGAUCCCAAAUUGGCACCAUCGAGGAGUAGGGGCUGAAAACGGCAGUCCAACGCCCUUAAUCAACGCUGGUUCACCUCCAAUGGUGUAUCCUCCUCCGCGAGCAAUGCCUGGCUUUACAACACCCAUACCAUACCCACCUCCUUGGUUUGUGGCGGCAAGACAAGCACAACCAUACACUGGUGAAAUGUACCGGUCAGUUCCACCACAGCCCCGACCGUAUUUUCAGUUAAGACAGACGGAGUUUCCACCUAUGGUCAACCUAGGCUGCAUUACCCGCACCACUGAGCACAAUUCUCUCGGUUAAUACAUUCAAUAUGCUUUGUUCCUUUCUCUUAUAUAAAUGCUACGUAUAAUAAGAUGACAAAUUAU